AUGGCUUUAGUUUCAGCACUCAGCGUCCUUGCUCUUGCGAACUUUGUUCACGGCCAUGGAUACAUGACCAUUCCUUCAAGUCGAACUCGGCUCGGGACUGAAGCUGGUAUUGAUACUUGCCCUGAAUGCACAAUCCGCGAGCCCGUCUCGGCGUGGCCGGACCUUGAAGCGGCCACCGUCGACAGAAGCGGCCCUUGUGGCUAUAAUGCCCGUGUCAGCGUUGAUUACAACUUCCCCUCCAACGAUUGGGGAAACGAGCCUGUCGUGACGUACACUCCUGGUCAAAUUGUUGAUGUCGAGUGGUGUGUUGACAACAACGGUGAUCAUGGAGGCAUGUUCAGCUGGCGCAUCUGCCAAGACCAAUUCAUCGUCGACAAGCUUCUGACCCCGGGAUAUACUCCCACACUGGAAGAGAAGCAAGACGCUGAGGACUGUUUCGAAGAAGGCUUGCUUCCAUGCACCGAAAUAGAAGGCCAAGUAUGCGACUACAGCCCCGACUGCACUUCGGACCAGCCCUGCUACCGAAACGACUGGUUUACCUGCAACGCCUUCGAAGCCAACGAGCGCUGCGGGUGUCAGGGCGUCGACAACGCACCGCUUAACUCGUGCUUCACCACCAUCGCCGGGGGCUACACUGUGACGAAGCAAGUCAAAAUCCCGCAAUACGUGUCCAACCAUACUUUGAUUUCUCUGCGAUGGAAUAGUUACCAGACCGAACAGGUCUAUCUAACUUGUGCCGAUAUCGCCAUCAGCGAUUCAGGAAACGGAGGCGGUGGAUCUUCAUCUACUACGAAACCAGCUUCGACGACUACUAAAGCGACAAGUAUCACUACUAGCACAGCGACGGGCAUAUGCACUACAGCCGCUAGCGUUGCAGUGACUUUCACCGAGUCCGUGACCACUACCUACGGCCAGAGCAUCUACGUCGUAGGAUCCAUUGAUCAGCUGGGUAACUGGGACACAGGGUCCGCUAUGGCUCUGUCGGCUGCGCAGUACAUGGCGGCGAAUCCGAUCUGGUCUGGCACUGUGACAUUGCCGGCGGGGACUUCGUUCGAGUACAAGUUGAUCAAUGUCGGUUCAUCUGGCACCGCAACUUGGGAGAGUGAUCCGAAUAGGUCGUUUAAUGUGCCAGAGGGGUGUGAGACUGCUGUUACUGUCAGUGGAAGUUGGAGGUAA